AGAGCUGCUCUCUGUCCCCGCUGCUUUCCUCAGUCUCCUCUCAACUAGCAGGCAGUUUGCUCCAAGAGGCCGAAAUACAGAGAAAAAAAGCAGGAAGAUCUCUGGCACAUUCCCCAGGAUGGAGGAUUCUCCAUCCAAGCCCUCUGUGGCUGAGCUGGCUGGAAGGUUCAAAGGUCACAUUUUACCAAUGCCCGGCUCAAAGGGGGAGUUGCGAUUUCGAAGAACGCCACCUUGCUUGCUAAAGCUGCAAAAACAAAAGGAUGACAAUGAAGAAUCAGAUAAAGCUGUCAUCUCACCAAAUCCCUUUAAUGUCAAGACCAAGAACUCCUCCAUUAUUGAGAAACUUCAGGCAAAUCUUGCCCUGUCGCCCACUGCUCUGCUGCCUUCACCCAAGAGUCCUGAGGUGAGGCUCCAGCCCACCCCGUUGUCCCCUGUUGUCCCCUACAGCCCGCUGACCUCACAUCUGUACAGUGAAGAGGAGGAUCCCAUCAGCUUCGACAGCCCUCCUGAAGGCAUCCCGCUGCCCAACUUCAACAAGACUCGUGCAAGAUUAUCAUUCAAAAGACGCCCACCCACAAGACAGCACAGAAGGUCAACUGGAGAGGAAAUAGGAGCCAUCGGGGGUGCUCAGUCCCCAUGUGAACUCUAUGGCCCAAAAGUAAAUGGGGACCACGUUGUUGAACAUGGACAGCCAGCAAGUCUGAAUGAAGCUGAAGAGAAGGACAAGGACUGUGAACAAACAGAGGAUGAGGUAGCACAGAGUGACCCAGAUUGCAUGGGAGAUCCAGAGGAAGAGCAGGAAGCAGAACAAACCCAGAACGUGGAGGUCAUGGAGGAGGAAGAGCAGCCUUCAGAGCCUAGCACUUCCAUGCAGAUAGAGGGCGAUGUUGAGACCGAGGAGAUGGAGGAGAUGCCUCAGGAAGAGCACUAAGGAGGCAAAACUUGGUGUCAACUAUGAAAAAGAAAAUUAACAAAUUAUGUUUUGCUUUGAUUAAGAAAUCUCUUAAAAUACUCCAAGAUCAUUUGUUUAAAUGUCUUGGUACCUGCUCUUCAUAAGUCCCUCUGUCGCCCUCUCCUGACCGUCUCUCAGAACAGGUCUACAAACACUGGAGAGUUAUGAGAAGCAGCUAUUCCCUGCAUUUGGAAAUCAGGAUCAAGGUUGAUGUAGCAUCCAUUAUCACGCAAGAGGGAGGUUGUGUCAUAUCGAAUCAAGUCUUCAUGAGAAGAUUCCUAUUUUUUCGAGAAAUUGCUUUUUCUUCUUUGCAAAUCAAAGACAUUGUUAAGAGUGCACUUACAUGUCAGAAGUAUCUGUCAUGUACAAAGGACUUUGGAAAUGCUGAAUGCUGAUACCCAAAAAGCUAAAUAUUAUUAGACUACAUACAAAUAUAAAUAUAUAUAUUAGCAGAUAUAUAAAAUGUUCUGGUGUCAUACCAAAUCACUUAAGGUUGAAAUUAUGUACAAUGCUAAUAGUUUUCCUUUGAUGUAUGUGCUUGUCUUUAAUUUUGUAUUCUACAAAAAAUGACAGUACUACUGCGGAGAGGCUUGGGUCCUCUGCAAUUGUGCGCAGCAAUGUUAAGAAAAUAAAACUUCCUUUCUCUGGAAGGAUGACAUUG